GCCAGCGAAGGCGGCGGCAAGGAGGGCAACGGCAAGAGCAGGGGCGGCAAGGAGGCCAAGUCCGGCGGCAGGGCGAAGAAGGGCGCCGAGGGCGAGGGCAAGGCGGGCGGCAAGGCAAAGAAGGGCGCCGACGAGAAGGACGGGGUCGAGAAGCCAGAGAAGAAGUAA